GAAGUAUUCAACACGAUGCCAUUUACGGGUUUGGUCGCAGGCAAAAUAUUAUGCAUGCAUGGGGGUCUUUCACCGCAGCUGAAGAGUGUCGAUCAGUUACGGCAAAUCACUCGGCCCAUUGAUCCGCCAAAUCCAUCCAUCCAUAUCGACUUGCUGUGGUCAUUUUUCAGUUAUAGUACGAACAAACAGAUGCUAUUUCGAAUUCCAAUCUUUUCGCGAAGAUAA